UCUCUAUGAGGCCCAUAUUCCAUUGCCAUUACCGACCUCACAACGCAUCGCAACACCUUCAAAUCCCCCUCUCCUCUCUCUCGCCCCUCUUCGCAACCCAUCCAUAAUCACAAUCCUUUCUCCUUUCUUUCUCUCUCUUUCUUUCUCUCUCUCUCUCUCUCCCUCUUUCUCCGAUCGCAAAAACCUAACUCCGUUUUCUCUUCCUCCAUGGCUCAGAAAACCGAGAACGAAGAAACCGAGUUCAAGGUUCCCGAAACCAUUACUCUAUGCGUCAACAACUGCGGGGUCACAGGGAACCCUGCCACCAACAACAUGUGCCAGAACUGCUUCACCGCCUUCACAGCUUCCACCGCCACAACGUCAUCAGCUACCGCGCCCACCGCCGGAGUCUCCUCGCCCUCCGCUAGAUCCGUUGCGUCCGCGCGUCCUCAGAAGAGAUCCUUCCCCGAAGAGCCUUCCUUGGCAGCAGAUCCUCCCUCCUCCGACCAAAACACGCCGUCCGAAGCCAAACGCGUCGUCAAUCGCUGCUCCGGUUGCCGGCGGAAGGUCGGACUCACCGGAUUCCGGUGCCGGUGUGGCGAACUCUUCUGCGCGGAGCAUCGGUACUCCGAUCGCCACGACUGCAGUUACGACUACAAAGCCGCCGGUAGAGAAGCCAUCGCCAGGGAGAAUCCGGUGGUUAGAGCCGCGAAGAUCGUCAAAGUCUGAAGAACAAAAAAACAAAAAAGGAAGAGAAACACGAAACGGAAUCUCGUCGUUGACCCGGCUCCGCGCGAUCGGUUCGAGUCACGGAUCUUCGCUUUUGUUUUUUUCAGAUUAUAUAUAUAGAGAAGCAAAAGAAAGUAGCUGAUGACAGAUUUAAGAGAGAGCGUGUGUGAGGUUUAGAGAGAGAGAUUGUUGCCGAAAAGAUGAAGAAGAAUUUAUCUGAAUUUCUCUUGUGUUCGAUCAAGCUCAGAUCGUUUCAUAUUUUUUCUUUUUAUUUUUACGCUUGUUUUCUUCCCGAUUUGAUCUUGAAAUGAUAAAUUAUUGUGAUUUACCAUGCU